AACGGGAGGACGCCAGGCAGCCGCCCCCACCGUCUCCACCCCGAGAAAGGCCGGAGGCCGCGGCGGACAGCUGCCUCCAGGGAGGAGAAGGAAGAGGGGCCGCUAGAGGGAGGAAGACGUGAGGCGUAGGGGAGGAAGAGGAGCCCAGGACCGGCCCCACGCACGAUUGAUGGGCGGCUCUUCUGCUGUGGGCCUACCCACCCGCUCCGCCCCGCAGUCCCUUUAGCCCCUAGUGAGGGGCGAAAGUGCUGAUCCCCAAGGAGCAGCAGGGGGUCCAUCUUUCUGUUUUUAACCACAUCGUUUUUUUCUGAAAAAAGGGGGAACAGACUUCAUUCUAUGCAGAUCAGGAACUAAGAACCAUGUUGCAUGAAGCAAGGGACAGGCAGAAGUUCGUCAGCGACGUUCAGUAUCUACGGGACAUGCAGCAUAAGGUGGACUCAGAAUAUCAGGCUUGUUUGAAACGACAGGAACACAAGAAAGAACCAAACGAGAAGAAGCAGGAGCAGCUGUGGGGGAAAGACACAAGUGACAGGUCCCGGUUCUCAAGCGGGUCGUCGUGCAAACAGAGUUCCGGUGAGGAGGAUUCCUUAAGCGAAGCAAGAUCAGCUACCAAAGCACCUACAGCUAAGAGUGAGCCCAAACUUCCAGCCAUUGACCAAACAUCUGUCAAGCAGAAACACAAAGGCACCAUGACACUGAAGAAGCCAGAGAAAGUGAGCCCGGGCAAACCCUCUGCAGGUGACAGCAGCGAGCAGCCCCUGUUCUGUGUUGAAUAUUCCCCUUUCUGCUCCAUCUUUGCUUUCACCCCGGCCCAGCAGCCCAAUACCAAAUACUGCUGCCUCCUCCUGCCCCUAGUUCCACCGGCCUCUCAAGGGGCUCAGAGCCCUUCCACCUCCCUUCCUCCUGUCAUCUUUCCCCCCUUUACCAGCCCGCCCUCAGGCCCACCAAGCCCCUUGCCGGGGUCUCCAGCAUCUCUCUGCUACUUCCCUGUCUCCCAACCGACUCCAGCUGAGACCCCUGUGCUGUGCCUACCAGGCCCCAGAAGGCCCAGUAAAAUUUACCUCAUGUGGUAAGUCACCCUAGAGGCACACAGCACGAAAGAGUCAGGGAGUGGGGGACAGCAGAAGGCAGGUGAGCAGGAGUAAGCCAGAGCAACACCAAGGGUGCGUGGUGUGCGGGGGACAGGAAGAGGAGACAGCCCGCUGACUUCCCUUGAGAUGGGCGUCUACUAGUGAAAAACGGAGUGUAUGAAAAUAAAACCUCGUCAUCUCUGCA